AUGGAGAUUCCUCUCCGCAAAGGUCGUCGUUCAGGGCUGGGUAAGAUUGUUGAAACGGAUCCCGCAACAGCAUUCUUUGCUGACUACAAUGAAGACCUCCUUCAGCAGAACGAAGAGCUUAAAGCCAAAGUUGAUGCUUUGGAAGCUUCCAAAGCAGAAACAGAAGAGAGGCUGUGUAGUACACAAGGAGCUCACCUCUACACAGACUUGAGUCUCUAA